AUGUGGCACAGCUCCAACGCCUCGUGGGGUUUCUUCCACUGGGUAGGCAGUGCGUCAGACUAUAUGGGCUAUAACGCCGACAACGGGACCGUUGCCGUUAAGUCAGCGUUUGAAGUUGGACUCGGCUUCCGUCAAACGACGGCCGUCAAUGAUAUGCCAGAAAUCCUGGAGGUCGAAGCCGCCUUCCUGCAGAUGACCCGAAACAACGGUGGUGAGUUCACCUGGAGGCACUGCAAAUACACACCUGCCGUACUGGAGUACGAAGUCCACUUCCAGUCCGGAGAAAUGGUCCUGCCUGAGGACACCAGCGCGAAUCCCGUCUACGCAAUCGCGAACAACAGCCGUCAAUACGAUACCAAUAACCCCACCGCUCAACAACAGACACUAACGUCCCUGUACGAGGUAUACGUUGCAUACAGUCAAGUCAACGCCACAGUCGUAUUCACCAAACCCUCUCCGCCAGGCCAGACGUGGAACGGCUUCCCCGACACUCUGAAUGCAUACGCCAUGCAGUUCUACAACCAACACCGGCACGGAGAGACCUGGUAUGACGAUCCGCUCCCGAAGAUCGUGAGCAGUUUCAACAACAUGAUGGUGCGUGGGAAUGCUGAGUACACUCGUGAGAUGCUCGCGGGCAAGGCCUCUCCCGGUGAGGUGGAUCCUGGCGUUUCGCCGGACCAGAGAGUCAACGGGACAGAGAAGACAACACUUAAUGUGUUCUCCAAGGACUACUCCUGGUUCGCGGCGGCUGCAGUCCUUGAUUUGAUUGUCAUACUAGCCUUACUCCCUCUCUUCCGAGGCUUCUGGCUCUUCCCGAAGCAUCCCGACCUCUCGCCGCUCGAACUUGCUCUGGCGUUCCGAAGCCCGUUGGCUGCAGAUGUCCAUUCAACGGCGGGUGCAGAUGGGGUCGUGGAGGCUGUCGGAAGUCGGAAGAUUGCUUAUGGUGUUGUUGAGGAGGAAAGAAAGGGAGGGGCGUUCGCUUCGCCGAGCAAUCGCCUUGCUUUUGGAAUGGCCGACGUGGUUCGUCCACCGCAGAAAAAUGCAACCAUAAUCGCUUGA